GCGGCUCCGCGGCAGCGGGGAGGGCAGGUGAACUCCGGGGAAGGAUGACCGGCGUGGCCGCGAUCGUCUUUUUCCUGCAGCUCUUGCCCAGGGCGGACGGACAGGUCUUCCCAGGUGGUUGUUCAUUUGAUGAGCACUACAGUAACUGUGGUUAUAGCGUCGCCUUGGGAACAAAUGGAUUUACCUGGGAGCAGAUCAACACCUGGGAAAAGCCAACAAUGGAUCCUGCUGUCCCAACUGGCUCCUUCAUGAUGGUGAACAGCUCUGGGCGAGCAUCGGGGCAGAAAGCUCACCUGCUGCUGCCCACGCUGAAGGAGAAUGACACGCACUGCAUCGACUUCCACUACUACCUGUCCAGCCGCGACCGCUCCAGCCCCGGCUCCCUCAACGUCUACGUCAAGGUCAACGGGGGCCCCCAGGGCAACCCCAUCUGGAACGUGUCAGGAGUGGUGACCGAAGGCUGGGUGAAGGCAGAGCUGGCCAUCAGCACCUUCUGGCCACAUUUUUACCAGGUGAUAUUUGAAUCUGUCUCUUUGAAAGGACACCCUGGGUACAUAGCUGUGGAUGAAGUCAGAGUCCUCGCCCAUCCCUGCAGAAAAGCCCCGCAUUUCCUGCGGCUGCAGAACGUGGAGGUGAACGUGGGGCAGAACGCCACCUUCCAGUGCAUCGCCGGCGGGAAGUGGUCACAGCACGACAAGCUCUGGCUCCAGCAGUGGAACGGGAGGGACACAGCCCUGAUGGUCACUCGAGUGGUCAACCACAGGCGCUUCUCAGCCACGGUCAGCGUGGCCGACACGUCGCAGCGCAGCAUCAGCAAGUACCGCUGCGUCAUCCGCUCCGACGGCGGCUCUGGUGUCUCCAACUACGCCGAGCUCAUCGUCAAAGAGCCUCCCACGCCGAUCGCCCCCCCGGAGCUGCUGGCCGUGGGAGCCACGUACCUGUGGAUCAAACCCAACGCCAACUCCAUCAUCGGGGACGGGCCCAUCAUCCUCAAGGAGGUGGAGUACAGGACCACCACGGGCAACUGGGCAGAGACCCACAUCGUGGACUCCCCCAACUACAAGCUGUGGCACCUGGACCCCGACGUGGAGUACGAGAUCCGGGUGUUGCUGACGCGCCCCGGGGAAGGGGGCACGGGGCCCCCCGGGCCCCCCCUGACCACCAGGACCAAGUGUGCAGACCCCGUGCACGGGCCGCAGAACGUGGAGGUGGUGGACAUCCGCUCGCGGCAGCUGACACUGCAGUGGGAGCCCUUCGGCUACGCCGUGACGCGCUGCCACAGCUACAACCUCACCGUGCACUACCAGUACGUCUUCAACCAGCAGAAAUUCGAGGCAGAGGAGCUCAUCCAAACUUCUUCUCACUACACCCUGCGAGGGCUCCGGCCCUUCAUGACCAUCAGGCUGAGGCUGGCUCUCUCCAACCCCGAGGGCAGAAUGGAAAGCGAGGAGCUGGUGGUGCAAACUGAGGAGGAUGUUCCUGGACCCGUUCCCUUGGAAUCUAUCCAAGGGGGACCUUUUGAAGAGAAGAUCUACGUUCAGUGGAAGCCUCCAAAUGAGACAAAUGGCAUCAUUACACUCUAUGAGAUCACAUACAAGGCUGUUGGGUCUCUGGAUCCCAGUGCUGACCUGUCCAGCCAAAGGGGGAAAGUCUUCAAGCUGCGGAAUGAAACCCAUCACCUUUUUGUGGGAUUGUACCCAGGCACCACCUACUCAUUCACCAUCAAAGCCAGCACAGUCAAGGGCUUUGGGCCGCCCAUCACCACCCGGAUAGCAACCAAGAUUUCAGCUCCGUCCAUGCCGGAGUACGACACGGACUCUCCCCUCAAUGAGACUGACACCACCAUCACCGUCAUGCUGAAGCCUGCUCAGUCCCGGGGAGCACCUGUCAGUGUCUACCAGCUCGUUGUCAAGGAGGAGAAGCUGCAGAAAGCCCGGAGAGCUGCAGACAUCAUCGAGUGCUUCUCUGUGCCAGUGAGCUACAAGAAUGCCUCCAGUCUGGACUCCCCACACUACUUUGCAGCUGAGCUGAAGCCCAUCAACCUUCCUGUCACACAGCCCUUCACCGUGGGUGACAACAAGACCUACAAUGGCUACUGGAAUGCUCCUCUUUCCCCCCUGAAAAGCUACAGCAUAUACUUCCAGGCUCUUAGCAAGGCCAAUGGAGAAACAAAAAUCAACUGUGUCCGGCUGGCAACAAAAGCAGUGAUAGGUAGACAACAGGUGACCACGCGAAACCCGCCCAGCCUCUUGAGCACAGGAGCUUCCACCCAGAAUUCCAAUGCAGUGGAACCUGAGAAGCAAGUUGACAGCACGGUGAAAAUGGCUGGAGUUAUAGCUGGUCUCCUGAUGUUUGUUAUUAUCCUCUUGGGAGCAAUGCUUACCAUCAAAAGAAGAAGAAAUGCAUAUUCCUACUCCUAUUACUUGAAGCUAGCCAAGAAGCAGAAGGAGACUCAGACCAGCACGCAGAGGGAGAUGGGUCCUGUGGCUGCUUCUGACAAGACCUCCACCAAACUCAGUGCUGUUCACAAUGAAGAAGCUUUUUCUUCCAGCUGCCAAGAUGUUAAUGGAUUCACUGACAGCAGCCAUGGGGAGCUGGCCCAGCCCACGCUGACCAUCCAGACCCACCCGUACCGCAGCUGCGAGCCCGUGGAGAUGUCCUACCCCCGGGGACAGUUCCAGCCUGCCAUCCGAGUGGCAGACCUGCUGCAGCACAUCACCCAGAUGAAGAGGGGACAGGGCUACGGCUUCAAGGAGGAGUAUGAGGCACUUCCCGAGGGGCAGACGGCGUCCUGGGAUACAGCCAAGGAAGAUGAGAACCGCAACAAGAACAGAUAUGGAAACAUAAUCUCCUAUGAUCACUCAAGAGUGAGACUGCAGCUGCUGGAUGGGGACCCUCACUCUGACUACAUCAACGCCAAUUACAUCGACGGGUACCAUCGGCCUCGCCAUUACAUUGCAACUCAAGGGCCGAUGCAAGAGACAGUGAAGGAUUUCUGGAGAAUGAUUUGGCAAGAAAACUCUGCAAGUGUUGUCAUGGUCACCAACCUGGUGGAAGUGGGCAGGGUGAAGUGUGUUCGAUACUGGCCAGAUGACACAGAAGUCUAUGGAGACAUUAAAGUCACAUUAAUUGAGACAGAGCCAUUGGCAGAGUAUGUCAUACGUACCUUCACUGUGCAAAAGAAAGGCUACCAUGAGAUCCGAGAGAUUCGGCAGUUCCACUUCACCAGCUGGCCGGACCACGGAGUGCCCUGCUACGCCACGGGGCUCCUGGGCUUCGUCCGCCAGGUGAAGUUCCUCAACCCCCCCGAGGCAGGACCCAUCGUGGUGCACUGCAGCGCUGGGGCCGGGAGGACAGGGUGCUUCAUUGCCAUUGACAUCAUGCUGGACAUGGCAGAGAACGAGGGCGUGGUGGAUAUAUUCAACUGCGUGCGAGAGCUGCGCUCCCAAAGGGUCAAUUUGGUGCAGACAGAGGAGCAGUACGUGUUUGUCCAUGAUGCCAUUUUGGAGGCAUGUCUCUGUGGCAACACAGCCAUUCCAGUCUGUGAGUUCAGAUCCAUAUAUUACAACAUCAGCAGACUGGAUCCACAGACCAAUUCCAGCCAGAUAAAAGAUGAGUUUCAGACCCUGAACAUCGUGACGCCGCGGGUGCGGCCGGAGGACUGCAGCAUCGGGCUGCUGCCCCGCAACCACGACAAGAACCGCUGCAUGGACGUGCUGCCCCUGGACCGCUGCCUGCCCUUCCUCAUCUCUGUGGAUGGGGAGUCCAGCAACUACAUCAAUGCUGCACUCAUGGAUAGCCACAAGCAGCCUGCUGCCUUCAUUGUCACCCAGCACCCCUUGCCCAACACCAUCACAGACUUCUGGAGGCUGGUGUUUGAUUACAACUGCUCCUCCGUGGUGAUGCUCAACGAGAUGGAUGCAGCACAGCUCUGCAUGCAGUACUGGCCGGAGAAGACAUCCUGUUGUUAUGGCCCAAUCCAGGUGGAGUUUGUUUCAGCAGACAUUGAUGAAGAUAUCAUCAACCGGAUAUUCCGGAUUUGCAACAUGGCCAGGCCGCAGGACGGGUACCGCAUCGUGCAGCACCUGCAGUACAUCGGCUGGCCGGCCUACAGGGACACCCCUCCCUCCAAGCGCUCCCUGCUGAAGGUGGUCAGGAGGCUGGAGAAGUGGCAGGAGCAGUACGACGGCAGAGACGGGCGCACUGUGGUCCACUGCUUGAACGGCGGAGGUCGCAGCGGCACCUUCUGUGCCAUCUGCAGUGUGUGCGAAAUGAUCCAACAGCAGAACAUCAUCGAUGUGUUCCACAUAGUGAAAACGCUACGGAAUAACAAAUCCAACAUGGUGGAGUCACUGGAACAGUAUAAAUUUGUAUACGAGGUUGCACUGGAAUACUUGAGUUCCUUUUAGCCCAGCGAAGGGAGGGGACCCCACGAUGUGCCAGACCCGAACUCUGGCGGAUGCUUCUCCCCUGUCCCACACUGGAAGGCAGUAACAAGUGUGGGAAGGAAAAUUUCUCCUUCCUUCUCAGCAAGAGACUGAGGUUGCAGAGACCUCGCUGGAAGGAGGAGAUGAUGCCUGUGUGUGCUGCUGCCUGCUUUCUAUCGGAACAUCUACUGCUUCUUAAAUAACUUACUGUAAAAAUUAGCAACAUGGGAGA